UCUCGGGUUCAACAUCGUCGGUGGGGAGGAUGGAGAAGGCAUCUUCGUGUCGUUCAUACUGGCUGGUGGUCCGGCUGAUCUCAGUGGAGAACUUCGAAGAGGAGACCAGAUACUGUCUGUGGGUGGAAAAGAUAUGAAGCAUGUGGAGUUGUUGCAUGCGACACAUGAAGAUGCAGCAGCUGCACUCAAAGGCGCUGGCGAUACUGUGGAAAUAGUUGCUCAAUAUAAACCAGAAGAAUACAACCGAUUUGAAGCGAAGAUUCAAGACCUGCGAGAACAGAUGAUGAACACGAGCACUGGCAGCCUGAGGACCACACAGAAGAAGACAUUAUAUGUCAGAGCAUUAUUUGACUAUGACCCUACAAAGGACAGCGGCUUACCGAGCAAGGGUCUGGCAUUCCGUUACGGCGACAUUCUCCAUGUCACCAACGCCAGCGACGAUGAAUGGUGGCAGGCAAGGCGGAUCACCCCUGAGGGGGAUGAAGAAGGGAUGGGCAUCAUUCCCAGCAAACGCAGAGUUGAAAGGAAAGAAAAGGCCAGGUUAAAAAAUGUGAAGUUUACAGGCAAGAGUUCCAGCAACAAUGAUCGGAUCAAUCAAUCAGCAGCAGCCAAUGACAGGAAAAAGAAGAAUUUCUCCUUCUCUAGAAAGUUUCCUUUCAUGAAGAGCAAAGACCACAGUGGUUCGGAGGACAUCAGCGCUGACGAACGAAGCGUAGCAAGUGACAAUGACACUAGUUAUCGUGGAGACGAACCUAUUCUGUCCUAUGAAGCAGUGCUUCAGCAGGAGUUGCGGUACACACGGCCUGUGAUUAUCCUGGGGCCUCUCAAGGACAGGAUAAAUGAUGACCUCAUCUCAGAAUUCCCAGACAAAUUCGGCAGCUGUGUGCCUCACUUUUAUAAAGCUUGGCUGCAGGAUGCCCGAGAUUACCAUUUUGUCAGUAUGACGUGGGCCUCUUGUUCCCAACAGAUGGAGAAAGACAUUCAGAACCAUCUAUUUAUAGAAGCUGGUGUUUAUAACGACAACUUGUAUGGAACAAGUGUGGCCUCAGUGAAAGAAGUUGCGGAAAAUAAGAAGCACUGCAUCUUGGACGUGAGCGGCAACGCCAUUAAGCGACUGCAGGUCGCAGGUCUCUACCCCAUCGCCAUCUUCAUCAAACCCAAGUCCAUCGACUCCAUCAUGGAGAUGAACAAGAGAAUCACAGAUGAGCAGGCACGGAAGACCUACGAGCGGGCCUUGAAACUGGAGCAGGAGUUUGGGGAGUAUUUCACAGCUGUUGUCCAGGGUGACACUGCAGAUGAGAUCUAUGCAAAAGUGAAAGAGGUUAUUCGAGACCAGUCAGGACCAACAAUCUGGGUUCCAGCCAAAGACAAACUCUGAACUCUUACGUCUUAGAGGAAAUAAACUCAUAACUUCCGGUCAUGUGAUAGUCAUGUGACAGUCAUGUGACUCAUAGAUGAUGCUCAGGCUGUACAUUAUCUCUUUGUCGGAGACUUUGUGAUACUGUAGGAAUGAUGGGAUACUGUUGCUACGACGACCGGACCUGUUGCUAUGGUGAUCUCAAGAUUCUCCUCUGCAGAUCUGAUCGUGGCUUUCAACAUUCACCAUACGACCUUGACCUUGACUCAAGCUCUUCCGGAUGCUGCUCACCCGUGUAUGGUUGGAAUCGGAAGAUCAGCCGUACACUUUUGCUACUACUUUCAGUUCCCGAGUACUCAAGGCCUUUCCAGGUGUACACUUACAAUAACUUGAUGGUUGACAGGCCACGUCAGAAAGGUCAAGUGCUGGUAAAGAAGUAAAACUACAUGCAGGCUCAAGAGGUGACCUGCAGACACCAUGUUUGUGUACAAGUGUAUUACUACUUAUUUAAGACUUGAUUUAGUUGCUAUUGACUGUCGGAGCAAGGUAUAGCAAGUAUAAGCUACGAGCCCAUCACAUGAUUACACGGCUGUGAAAGUAUGGAGCACCGUUCUCGCCAAAUUAUUUAUUGAUGAGCUGUUUCAUCAAACUGCAGCCUGCACAAACAAUACGAUAAAAUUCCAUCUUUCAUUGCGAGAUCAUUUAGAAAAUCAAAACAAGCUGUCAUAAAAUGCUGGUGUAUCAUGCAUAGUAUUUUUAAAGUUUAAACAAGGUAUUGUAUUGUUUUGAUGUACAAACCCUGAAACUGGGCCUAUACUGCUGUGAUUAAGGGAUGUAUGUAAAAAUUGUCAAUAACCGUUGCCAUGGUAAGAUGUUACUUUUGUGUAUCCAUGGCAACCACAAGUAUUUCCAUUUUUGUGAUGCUCUGCAACUAUGGUAGGUUUUAAUCAAAUGAGUGAGUGAAUGGUUAUGACAGAACUGUGUAACUUAUUCUGCAAGUUGGCUUUUAGUUUCUGAAUAGAAUAAUGCCUUUUCCUGUUGCCAUGGUAAUCAGUGAUUGUCGUAUGACUGCAGUUUAUCAUAACUAGUUGUUGAGCUUCAUGCAGUCGUUACUUUUAGUAGACUUAUGACCGUUCACUAUCAUGGCACAUUUUUCAGAAGCAUUGUAUACUUUACAUUAAGUUUUACCAGCUCCUUACACAGUCUAGCUUUCCACCAUUGUCGGCAGCCCUCUGGUGGCAUUGUUUUAGCUUUGUUAUUUAAACACUAGUUUAGCGAGCUGUUUUUUGACUGUAUCAUUUUGAUAUAUAUAUAUUGCAAUUUAAAGAACAGCGUAUGUAGGCCUGUAUAGAUGUAUCAUGACCUUCACCUUGACCUGACCCUCUUGAAAAUCACUGUCAGUGAUUGGCGGAAAUAAACCACUAUUUAUUCUGGUUUGACUACCUCUAGUUUUCUGUGUUAUUUCCUGCAUGCUGCUGAUAGUUGUUGUGGUGGCAAGGCACAUGGUUGCUAAGCAACAACUCCAAGGAUUUGCUAGUACGUACGCCAAGAGCUUAGAGGAUGUAAAAUGAUCCAUUAUUUAAGAAACCAUGUCUGUGAGGACAGAGGAAAUUGUUGAUGUGUUUGUCGGCUAAUUAGUGCUUUAAGUUAUGUACAUUUGUACAAAACAAUUCCAGCAACAAAGUACCUAUUGUUAUGUAAAGUAAUGGUUUGUUAAAUUGUGCUAUGUCAAGUUUCAACCGGUUGAAAUUGUCCAGCCAGGUAUGUGUCCAGAUUUAUAAGCCAUUGUGUGUGCAAGGGAUCUUAGUUAUAAGAAGUUUCCCAUAGUGGAACCAGACAACAUCCCUCACUGUGUUACGUUCAGUGUGAUUAAUCGUAUGAGGAUACUAAACCAUACAUGAAAGUUCAAUGGCAAUAGAACAGCUAUGGUAGAAGGUAUCGGAAUAAUUGGUCCACUCUGUCAUUACAUAGCAUCUCAGAGUCCUACAAACUUUGUUCCAUGUAUAAGAAGCAAGUGUAUGUACAGGAUAUCAGCCGAGGUCGACAGCCUACAGUGUCAUGUAUGUCCUCAGUUUUUAGUGGUAUGUAUGUAAGUUUUCAAGAGGGUCGUCUCCCUUACCUGUAGUCAGCUUGUACAUGUAGCUUUUUUCGCUACUUGUCUAUAUAUGUCUACCGUACAUCUCUCUUUGUCACUGGGAGGAUUUUGCAGGAAAAGUAAUUUCUGUCUUGCCCUUGUCUUGUUUGUUCUGGGAGUUUUUUGUCACAAAGAACUUCUGGCUUGGUUUUGGUUUUGCACCUGAAAGUUUUUCUUUCGGUUCUAGAACCAGUCAUUAUCACCAACCAAGAUUACUUUUUCAGCAGAUCUCCCAAAGGCAUGUUAUCAUAUCAUUGAUAUCAAAGACCACACAUCGAUAUUUGUUGUGUCAUACAGUCACCACUCAUAGUUCACCUCCGCCUAUACACAGUGUAGCUCUCCAUUGUGACACAAGGGUUGGACAAUACGCAGGUUAUAUCAUGACUUUGUAUCUUCACUACACGUAUGAUGCAUAUAUAUAUGAGGAGAGUUGAUGCUAUAUGUCCAUGGCACUUCUUGGUUUGGCAUUAUUAAAGAUGGCACUGGAAUUAAAUUUGUACAUAAAAAAAUACGAAAAUCAUAUUUGUUGAUCUUUAUAGAUCUCAUCAAGGCAAUAAGUUUUUUGUACAUUACGAAAGGUACAAUGAUGCAGGAUAGUAAUGUCCUUGCAACUUUCACAAUUGCUGCUACUCGAAUAGUAAGGAUAGUCAUAAACGUCGACACAGAAUUGCCCAACCCUUGUCCAAUUAUCAAGAAUUACUGAAGUGAUACAGGGAAAACCUAUAUGUUAUCUAUAGAGAUGUGAGUGAGGCUAUUUAUAUCAUAAAUAGCAAAUUUAUUUAUGUGAAAUUGUAUUUUAAUUGAUGACAAUAAUAAUAAUCAUGGCAAAAACAUGCGACGAAACUUGUAAAUAUUUGAAAUUAUCGCUUGGGAAUAUAUCCAUGCUAAAAUGACAUUGCUUAAAAGGAGGAAAAUGAUCACUCACAUUUGUUCUAUAGAUACUUCAGAUUAGGGAGUUUACAAAUGUUUAUUUUAGAUGAGAAAAAUAUUUGCUACUAAUUACUUUUUCUGAUUUUGGAAAUAUAUUACAACAUAAUUUAGUUGUUCUCAUAAAAAAUAUCAGUGCUUUAAGUAAAUCACAAGAUUUUACCGCUGUAAAAACUGGAUAAGUUUAUCAGUAGCGUUAGUGUGUCUUGUUAGGCAGAAGAAACUAAAAUGUGCAAUUAUGGCAUUGUUCUUCACAUUUGGGGCGAGUUAUUGUACAGAAAUAGAGCCCUGAUUUGUCGAAGGAAGCUAGCAUGUUGAACACUGUAAGUCUUUAGGUAAGUAGUACAGCUCCGUCCUCUAUAGGAUUGAGGUAUGUCGUGUGGAAGAUGUUAGCUGUACAAAUCUGUUAACAAGGAGUGUAGGCAUUCAAGAAAAUAAACUGCCGAUACUACACAUUU